UCCUUUUUCUUUUCCCCAGAUUUCCUCCCUCCCCUCUCCCCUCCUCCUCUCGCAGGCUCCCUCACCGCCGUCGCCGAAUCGCGGAGCUCCCGCGCCGCCCAAUCGCAGGGCUCGCCCCGUCGCCCAAUCGCAGAGCUACCGCCUCGGCUCCAUCCCGCGACCUUGGACGUCUGAAGCUCCGUCGCGCCGUCCAGCUCCGUCACACCCGUCGUCGCCAACUACCUCCCCAUCUCAGCAGCCAGCAAGAAGAGUCAGCAUGUCGUUGGAUGUUACUCAAAUACUCUUGAGUGCGCAAUCUGCUGAUGGCUCGAUUAGAAAGCAUGCUGAAGAAAGCCUCAAGCAGUUUCAGGAGCAAAACCUCCCAGGUUUUUUGCUCUCCCUCUCAAGUGAGUUGGCCAACAACGAGAAACCUGAGGAGAGCCGCAGGUUGGCUGGUUUGAUCCUCAAGAAUGCGCUGGACGCAAAGGAGCAGCACAGGAAGAAUGAACUUUUCCAGAGAUGGCUGGCACUGGAUGCUGGUGUCAAGGCACAAGUGAAAGCGUUGUUGCUACAAACUCUCUCAUCUCCUGUUGCAAGUGCCAGAUCUACAUCUUCUCAAGUCAUCGCAAAGAUUGCCAGCAUUGAGAUCCCUCAGAAGCAAUGGCCCGAGCUUAUAGGAUCAUUGCUAUCAAACAUACAUCAGGUACAGCCAAACGUAAAGCAGGCAACGCUCGAGACACUUGGCUAUUUAUGCGAGGAAGUUUCUCCAGAAGCUGUCGACCAAGACCAAGUCAACAAGAUACUUACAGCUGUUGUUCAGGGUAUGAAUGCUUCUGAAGGGAACUCUGAAGUGAGGCUUGCAGCCACACGGGCAUUGUAUAAUGCAUUGGGCUUCGCUCAGGUUAAUUUCUCCAAUGACAUGGAGCGUGAUUAUAUCAUGAGAGUUGUCUGUGAAGCAACACAGUCACCAGAUGUGAAGAUAAGGCAGGCUGCCUUUGAGUGUUUGGUGGCUAUUUCGUCUACUUAUUACGAUAAGCUGGCGACAUACAUGCAGGAUAUAUUUAAUAUUACUGCAAAGGCUGUGAGGGGAGAUGAGGAGUCGGUUGCACUUCAGGCCAUGGAAUUCUGGAGUUCCAUAUGUGAUGAGGAAAUCGACAUUUUGGACGAGUACAGCAGUGAAUUUACAGCUGAUUCUGAUGUUCCUUGCUACUAUUUUAUCAAGCAAGCUCUUCCUGCCCUAGUGCCAAUGCUGUUGGAGACUCUCCUCAAACAGGAGGAUGACCAAGAUUUGGAUGAAGGUGCUUGGAAUCUUGCAAUGGCUGGGGGUACUUGUUUGGGCCUGGUGGCAAGGACUGUUGGGGAUGAUAUUGUUCCUCUCGUGAUGCCAUUCGUUGAGGAGAACAUAACAAAACCUGAAUGGAGACACAGAGAAGCUGCAACAUAUGCUUUUGGUUCCAUUUUGGAGGGUCCAUCAGCUGAUAAACUGACUCCUCUAGUUAAUGUCGCCUUGAAUUUUAUGCUGUCUGCGUUAGUAAAGGACCCAAAUAACCAUGUGAAGGACACAACUGCUUGGACCCUCGGAAGAAUAUUCGAGUUUCUUCAUGGUUCUGCACUUGAAACUGCUCCCGUCAUUACAGCUGAGAACUGCCAGCAAAUUCUUACCGUGCUGCUUCAAAGCAUGAAGGAUGUCCCAAAUGUGGCGGAAAAGGCAUGCGGGGCACUCUAUUUCCUUGCUCAAGGCUAUGUGGAUGCUGGAUCCGCGUCACCAUUAUCCCCUUUCUUUCAAGAUAUUGUUCAGAGCCUUCUUGUGACCAGUCAUAGAGAGGAUGCUGGUGAAUCCAGGCUGCGUACUGCAGCUUAUGAGACUCUAAAUGAAGUCGUCAGGUGCUCCACUGAGGAGACAGCUCCUAUUGUUAUGCAGCUAGUACCUGUUAUUAUGAUGGAACUCCAUCAGACACUUGAAGCGGGGAAGUUAUCAACUGAUGAGAGGGAGAAGCGGAGCGAUCUGCAGGGCCUUCUUUGUGGUUGCCUACAGGUUAUUAUCCAGAAGUUGGGAGGGAUGGAGUCAACAAAGUUUGCCUUCUUACAGUAUUCAGAUCAGAUGAUGGAUCUGUUUUUGAGAGUUUUUGCUUGCCGAAAUGCCACGGUGCAUGAGGAGGCUAUGCUUGCUAUCGGUGCACUGGCAUAUGCAGCCGGUUCGAACUUUGCGAAGUACAUGGCACAAUUCUAUCAGUAUUUGGAAAUGGGACUUCAGAACUUUGAAGAGUAUCAGGUAUGUGCCAUUACGGUGGGUGUUGUGGGCGACUUGUGCAGGGCACUGGAGGACAAAAUUUUGCCCUACUGUGAUGGCAUCAUGACCCAGCUCCUGAAGGAUCUAUCCAGCAAUCAGUUGCACAGAUCUGUAAAACCACCUAUAUUCUCAUGCUUCGGUGAUAUUGCACUGGCAAUUGGAGAGAACUUCGAGAAGUAUUUGAUCUAUGCCAUGCCCAUGCUACAAAGUGCAGCAGAUUUGUCGGCGCACACAACUGCAACUGAUGAUGAAAUGCUUGACUACACCAAUCAAUUAAGAAAUGGCAUCUUGGAGGCCUACUCUGGUAUUCUUCAAGGAUUCAAGAGUUCCCCUAAGACACAGUUACUCAUGCCGUAUGCUCCACAUAUUCUUCAGUUCCUUGAUGCCCUUCAUAAUGGAAAGGAUAUGGAUGAUUCUGUGAUGAAGACUGCAAUAGGUGUCUUAGGAGAUCUUGCAGACACAUUGGGCGUCAAUGCUGGUCCUUUGAUCAAUCAAUCCACAUCAAGCAAGCAAUUUUUGGAUGAGUGCUUAUCAUCUGAUGAUCCUUUGGUCAAAGAAUCAGCUGACUGGGCAAGGAUUGCAAUCAGCCGUGCGGUUUCGGGUUGACGUGACAUUUGUCUUGAGUCUGCAUAUGCAUCCAUCCACGAGUCGAGUCCAGGUCUUCGGUUGCAUCAUGUCUAGACCUGCUCUUUGGAGAAGUCGAACAUCCUCAAAGCAGAGUCGGAGGGUCCUCACUAACUCAUGCAUCAGUACAUGUGUCAACCCAGCCUUUUUCACUUCUGCGGAAAAGAGGGUUAAGUUGGCCACCUGCUAACUUCUCUAAAAAGGGAAUCCAGGAGCUUCCAUUGUUGCCUGCGUUACCAAUGGUCCGUCGGCGUGGCAUCCAUGCUUAUGGUCUGGGUGCUCUCGCUUUACCUUGCAUCCAUUGCAUGCAUCGAACUUUGGUCAUAUGGUCACUCAUUAAAAGGCCCGAUUGCUUAUUCAUCCAUUAUGCAUAAGGGGCUCGCGGGCAUUGUCACAGGAUUAUUUUUGUACUACUCAGGGUGUCCAACUUCACCAUGUGGGACAUGUUCCUCCUGAGCCGGUAGUUUUUUUUUCCUUUCGCAUUUGCAUUGUUUUGCAUUCAUCCCAGACUGUUUUGUAAGGGUUCUUUUGGUUAAAAACUGAGACGGCAUGCGGUUGUGUCUGUUUAUUUCAAGGUGUUGUCGGAGCAGUGCGUGAUUGCGCUCUUUUUUUUGGUCAUCUAUGCUGCUGUUCCAUUUCAGCUUCUUUGAAGCUUGUGCUGGCGGGUGGAAAAGAACAAUUGUAGCUCUUGGAGUGGUUUUGUUCGGGGGGCAGCUGUCGAGUUGUAUUUGUUUAUUACAGGAACUGUAUUAUUUUGUGGAACUCUGCCUCCUACCAGACACGUCAUAUCAUUGGCUGUGUAUACGAGAAUACGAUGAUGCAUGUGUUCAAUG